UGUUUCUACAGCGCAGGUCGGUUACUUGGCAAAUACCCCAGAGUUGUGGUCGUUGAGCAUCAGUACUCGGUGAAACAACAAGGUGGCAAGUUCAGUUGUAUUAUAUUGAAAGAAUAUUCAUACCAAAGCGCUAAUUGAUUCUAACAACGACCAUGAGUCUCACGAAACAGAAUUUUAGCUCUGAAUGCGAGGAUGGAAUUAACAAACAAAUAAAUAUGGAAUUAUAUGCGAGUUACGUGUACCUGUCUAUGUCGUAUUAUUUCGAUAGGAGCGAUGUUGCUUUACCAGGAAUGCAUCAUUACUUCAAGAAAGCUUCAGAUGAAGAACGUGAACAUGCCAUGAAAUUCAUGACAUAUCAAAAUAAAAGGGGAGGAUUAAUUGUAUUGACGGCUAUCAAUGAACCAAUCCGACAAAACUGGGGGUCUGCGAAAGACGCUAUGAAUGAAGCAUUAAAACUUGAGAAAGCUGUAAAUGCGUCUCUUCUUGAGUUGCAUGCACUUGGUGGAACUCACAACGAUCCAAAUUUUUUGGAUUUCUUGGAGACUGAAUUCUUGCAGGAGCAAGUCGAUGCAAUCAAAGAAAUUGCAGAUCAUGUAACUAAUCUUGAAAGAGUUGGAGAAGGACUCGGAGUUUAUAUGUUCGACAAGAAUUUCGAAAAGAGCAGUUAAAUACACUUUUCUAUCACGUAAUUACAAGCACAAAUGAGAUGUAUGUAUCUGGCAAUCAUAAUCAGAAUGUGUUAUCACAGUGACAGAUGGAAUGAGAAUAUUUUCCUCUCGUAUUAAUCUUAUAAUAUAGUAAUGAAGUGGUAAAUGUGGUAAGUCAGUCAACCACAUUCUGUUGGAGAUUGAAUUAUCUGGAUAAUCAGUUAUUUUAGAAGUAUAUGUGAUAAAAAAUCCACAAGUCAUUUUGAAGGUGGUCUGAUAUUGUCUUUUUAUGAUCGAUGCACAAGUGAUAAAUACCUCAGAAGUGACUGAUUACUAUUUACGACUUCGGUACUCAUUAAAUUUUAGGAAAUUCUCGGACGUCAAUUAGAACUCUCGAUUAUUGGCGCUGAAUUUAAAGCCACUUUAAUUUAUGUUUAAAAGGUGCUGAAGUAUAUAACGUGAUAUUUUCUUAAUUGAUAUUGGUAUCGAAAAGUAAAAAAGGUAUUAAUGGGAAUGCUUACAAAAAUGUCAAAGGCUUACGAAAUGAAAUAAAAACGUUCUUUUAAAUUAA